GAAAAAUCAAGAAACCCCUUCAAUCUCUCUCAUUAUCUUUUCUUUCUUUUCAAGGAAACAGAAUCAAAAUGAAUACUGAUCGCAAGAAAUUGUUAGCAAAGGAAAUUCAGUCUGAUGUUGAAAAAUCAACUAUAGAGGAACUUGUUGACAAGAAUAAUGAUAUGGGAGAAGGAGCAGCAGAGGCACAAGAUAAUUGUAACGGUGACGGUAAUGCCGACGGUAACGGUGACGGUAAUGCCGACGGUAACGGUAACGGUAACGGUGGUGCUGGUGAUGACGGAGAAUUGAGUGAUAAUUUGGGUAGUGCUGGAGAAUUGAGUGAAGGAGAGGAUGAAGAAGAACCAGCAGAAGCACAAGGUGACGGUAACGGUAACGGUGCUGAAGAAGGUUUGGGUGUGCAAACAAUGAAUGUGUCGGUUAACGUAAAGCUGAGGGCAACACUAACGGUGACGAUAACAGUAGCAGUAACGGCGGUGGUGAUGAUAAUUUGGAUGUGCAUCAGUACGUUUACGAUUCAUUUCCACAUGCAUAGAUGAACCGUAGUUUAGCUUGAGUUGUGUUUGUAUAGUUACAGUUAGACUAUAUGCUAUGAAAUGUUACGUUUAUCAAAUUUGCUUUAUAGUCUAGGCUAAAUAAC